AAGAUUCCAUCUUUUGAUAUCACUUUCUAUCAGUCUCACAUUGUAUAGGAUAGUUUAUUUCCAUUACGUUAGCUUCAUUUGCUUUUGGAAAUUUGUAUGUUUAUACUGUAGUGUUAUAAGACUCAGUGGUUUGCCAAAAGUCACUGUGUUUCUGCACCUUGACAUCUAUGGGCUCCAGUCUGUUGCCUUCGUGGAGCAGUCCCAUAAAAACGCCCUUAAUUCCUUGUUAUCUCACUUCCUGUUUAGCUUCUUUACCCACAUCAAGCCUCUACGAAAAUCCACUCGUGCUUUCUCAGUUCAACAUUUAACUACUAAAUACAAGUUGCAGCAAUUUGUACAACAGCGUGUUUAAUAUUGUUGUGUAUUUUAUAUUUAUUUGUGGCAUCAAUUAGUUUCAGUUCUUCUAUACAGCUAUCUAACUAUACAAUUGCAGUCUAUCAGCAUUCAAGAGUUUAUAGAGCAGCAUACAUAUGAAAUCAACAAAUAAUUCUAAUAAAAUCUUAUAGCAAUUUCAAAAAAAACUUUACUGACCAGCACAAGUGACUUUUGGCUGCUCUUUAUUCUCCCUAAGGACAAAAUCUUGCUCAUUUUAGUUUUGGCUAUAGACAUGUAUUCCCAGCUUUCCUUUUUUCAAUAUUACAGAUUGUCCGAGAAUUUCCUGGAUCCCAAAACUCAUACACAAAGUUCUUGGGGGCUUGAUUCCUUUGAGAGAGACACGAGCAAAGGGUUAACUUGAGCAGACUUGUGUUCCCUCCCGCUUCUCCUCAUGACGUUAUACCACUCACAGUUUGGUCGGCUGAGGCCAAGCUGGAGCCAGAGAGAGGAGGGACUGACUCGUGGUGGUUCGUAGCUGCUUUCAGUGACUCCUCUCUGGGCAGUGAUUUGCUCCUGGCUGGCCUUUUCGCUCCAUGGGACUCCAGAGCUGGACAUCUGCCGUACCACUGUCCCCUAUGGCUUGCCUUCAAGUGGAGACCCCCCCAAUCUGCAGGGGCAAGUUCAAAACAGUUCUUCAGUUGUGUCUGCAGCAGAGACGAAGUCGAGAGCAGCUGGUUGAGCAGGGCAUCAUGCCACCUCUGAAAGCCCCAGCUGUUUUUCAUGAGCAGAUCCGCAGCCUGGAGAGAGCUCGGACUGGGACUUUCCUGAAGCAUAAACUGUGCAGUCGACCUGAGCGCUCUGAACUGGUCCGCAUGCACAUCCUCCAAGAGACCCAGGCAGACUCAUCGCUCCAGGCUGCACAGCUGAGACUGAAGAAGGCCAGACUCGCUGACUCUCUGAAUGAGAAGAUCUCCCAGCGACCAGGGCCCAUGGAGCUGGUGGAGAAAAACAUCCUACCUGUGAAAUCAGAAGACAAAGAGCCUGGAAAUGCAUUUGACAGGCCAAGAUGCUUCACACAGUCCAAAACAAACAAAACACAAAUGAAAGAAACAGGUGAUGAACUGAGCAGUAUUAAGACUCCAGAUGUGUACAGCUUUGACGAGGACAGUAGUGACGGCUCUUCUCCCUGCAGCCAAAAGUCUGACAGCUCCAGUUCGUCAAGAGAAAGUGGGGACAAGGAAAGCGCCCAGUCCCCCUCCUGUAACUCCCACAAACAGUCUUCACCCAAGUCGCAGUCAACAGUUGAAGUGGCUCACAGCAGCGAAAAACAGAACUAUUGUCAAAUGUCAUCUCCUCCAAAAACUGUUCAUAAUGUCACACCAGGUCCAGUUUUGGUCAAGCAAAGCCUGUCCAGAGCUGCAGGUGAGAAGAGUCGCAGUAAAAAGAGCAGAGAUCCAAAGCCUCGCGUGAAGAAGCUGAAGUAUCACCAGUAUAUCCCUCCACAUCAGAAACAGGAGCAGGACCCCGUGCCCAUGGACUCUGCGUACGCCCGUCUCCUAGAGCAACAACAGCAGUUUCUACAGCUACAGAUACUUAGCCAACAACAGUUCACCUACAACACCGUCCAGCCGCCAACUAUCAAGCAGACGUCUGAAGUACAGAGCAGCUGUUGCAGUGGAAAUGCUACAUCUUUAAAUCUUCUACCAAACCCGACCAAUCACAGGACGGAGCUGCCGGCCAACCUGGAGGACAUGAAGGUUGCUGAACUAAAGGCAGAGCUCAAACUUCGCUCUUUACCUGUUUCUGGGACAAAGCUAGAUUUGAUCGAGAGACUUCGCUCGUACCAUGAAAACCGCAUGGACAUAAGCAGCCCUCCUGUAUCGCCUAUUGCCUCCAAAGUGUCCAAACUGGGCCUGAAAGACAGUGUCCCAUGUGAGACUCUGGACUGUCCUACUGAGGGUCCCGAAGAGGGGGACAAGGACCAGCGCUUGUUUGAGAAAGAACGUCAGAUUGAGGAGCUGAUGAGAAAGUUAGAGCAGGAGCAGAGACUGGUGGAGGAGUUGAAAAUGCAGUUGGAGGUCGAGAAGAGAUUUCAACAAGGCGACUCCCCACCCCCUGUGUCAUGCCCCACCUUCGUACAGGUCAAACAGGAAGUAGUUACACCUUUAAACUGCUCUGGGGCGUCCAGUGUGUGUCCUGUACCGCCUUCAGGGGUCAAACAAGAGGUCACGCAGAGGAAUAUUGCGCAGCCUGUCCUAAUGUCCAUGAACUUACACGAUCCAGGGGCAUCUCCACCAGGACCACUGCAGAAUACAGGAUCAAACACCAAAGUCUCAGUGCAGUUACUGCAGCAAGGCACUGCUCAGAAGGCGUGGACAGAUGCAGCAGUCCUGACCACGUUCUCCAACCCCACAUCUGCCGACAAGGUUCACAGUGAAGCAUCUAUACUCCUAUUGCCACACAAGUCCAAAGACCCACCUCGCUACGAAGAGGCCGUUAAACAGACACGCGGAUUGAUCACACAGUGUCCAUCUGUGUCCAGUCAGCAGAUGGAUGACCUUUUUGAUGUACUCAUUGAAACUGGAGAGAUCCUACCCUUUGUCAAACCCGAGCCUCACAGUCUGGAUCAGCCUCUCCCUGUCACUGCCAGCGUUACCACUCUACCCAUAAACACAGUCUUAUGUCGCCCCCCGGCUGUGGUCCACGUAGCGCAGCCCCCUGCCCCAUCUGCGCAGACCCCCGCCCUGAAGCACACAGAGGGGCUGCACUCAUCCCUGCACAGUAUUCACAUGGAGUUUGAGGAGAACGCUUCAGAUCCACACGUCCAGAGUGAAGACAGUAUGGACUGGCUGGACCUCUCAGAAAUGUCCGGUCACGUGGGCAUCUUCUCCUCAGACUUUUUAGACUCAAAUGAAAUGCACUUGAACUGGGAAUAGGACGGUUACCACAUGCGUUCCCUUUUGUCAUAUAGACCAAAAUACUUACUAAGGUACUUUUAGGAAAUCUGUACUUUGAUUAAAUUAACUAUGCAUUAUGGAGCUUUUUUGGUGGAGCACCUGCUUGUCUCCAUGGAGAUGUCAUUGCUUUGCCUAUAAUGUCUCACAGUGUGCCAUUCAACUUUCCUGUCUCCACGGAGUCAAGUAAGUUACAGGUCAGAUCUGUGGAGAGGCAAACCAACACAGUAAGAAUGCCUGUUUUUAUGUUUUAUAGAAUUUUUUAGCAUUAAAAACAUUUGUAAUUAAAUACAUGCAAACCAAGCCAGACAAAGCAAUGACAUUAAAAACAGAAAAGUUACAUAAUGCCUUUUUAACUCUUACUUUAAAAUGAGCAAUGCUUUAACAUAGGAGUGGUACUGGACAAGAAAACUAUGAGUAAUUAUAACAAAACACUUUUCUGUAUGGCUUUUUUAGAACACAUGUAUGCAUCUGUUUCAUUGUAUAUGCAUUUCUCUGGUUCAUUUUUCAACCUGUUUCAAAUGUAGGAUAAGCAUAUUCAUCAGUGGACCAGCGUUUGCACUUUUUUGCACUAAAAGCUUAAUUUGUACCUUGAAUAGUCAUCUCCCAUUUUUGAAAGAGAGAAAUUUCAAGAUGGUGGAUUGGACCGUACUGUAUGAACAUUCCAGGCCACCUCUGACCACAAACCUCCUUGUCUGAAACCACCUCCAGCUGUUUUCCAAUGGCAUCUGCAGCUCCCAUCAGAUCAGCUCAAGACUGUUUCACUAAUGAAGCUGUGGUCCGUUUGUCAUCACUCUUUUCCUGACAGCGCUUUGGGAAUCAGAGGUGGCACUUUGAGAGGGAACAUGUGCUGGAAAGAAGACUAUAAAUUUAACUCAACACCAAAACGUAUUGUAUAAUUGCAUAAUGUCUGUAUUUUAAUGUAUGCCAUAUUACCUUUUAUACAAAUUUGUAAACACGGCUUACUACUUGAGCAUCUUUCAUAUGCUUUAUACUCUUAAGUGCUUUACAUUAAAAGCAAAAUGUUGUCAAUUUGUGAAUUUUGAAAUGCAAACCAAACAUAUCUAUAAACAUCAAUUGUCAAUUAAAUAGAUACAUUUUCUAGCUUCCUUA